UCGUCGUAGCUCGAUUUUCGAUCUUCAAUCUGCUUUAACCUCAAUUCAUUGGUUGUCACAUUUGGUCGCUACUCGCUGUUAGCUAACCGAUUAUCCGUUGUGUAAAAAGAAAACUUUGACGCUAAAGAUCUUAAUAUAGUAUCAAAAUGGUUUUAAGUCCGACCACGAAACAGAGAAUAGCAAUUGUUCUGAAUGUGAGCAAAUUCGUAUUUCAAUGGGGUUUUAUUCCUGCCGUACUCUUUUUAGGAUUCAGCAAGGGUGCGGAUCCAGGCAUGCCCGAAUUAACCCUUAUGAACUUAUUAUGGCAGUAAGUCUUUUCUCCCCGUGUCUUUCAGACACGCAUUCGUUCCGAGAGAAGUUACGGGUAUUGACGUUACAUGGAUACACAUUUAUUUAAAGUUAUUGUAACACACUGUUUCUAAUUAUCAGAAUAACAGACUACAUGUCACUAAAUAAAUGUUACAUUAUUGUUAAAUGAAA